AGCUGGUCCAGGGGCCACGGCAGCCCCAGCGUGGACUCCUCUUCGGUGGUGACCGUCCCCAAGGCCUCCACGCCGUCCCGGAUCUCUUUCUUCAUGCGCCAGGCCAGCCUGAGCAACGAGGCCUCCGGCCCCCCUCCCCGCUCCCCGGGGACCCCCACGGGCAGCCCCUGCCACACUCCCAGCCGGUGGGAGGAGGUCUCGGAACUGGACGGAAACUACCUGGAGUACCUGCGGGACGCCCGCCUCAACAUCGACCGCUGCGCCUGGGCCUGCCGGGCGUGGUCUGCCCCUUACGACGGGGAGGACCCCCACCCCAGCAGCCUGGCCCCGCCCCAGGGCGCCUCCCUGCCGGUCAACAGCGACCACUUUGGCUACACUUCCUUCCACCCGGGGGGCCACCCUGGCCACGGGCCCACCUCCCCCCGGACUAAAAAGCGGGGCCUGCCGGAGGAGGGGGCCCCCGCUGGCGCCCAGCCCAGCCCCACCGCCUCUCCCGACCCCACGGACUCCGGCGGGCUGCUCAACGGGGCCCACGUGGACGCUGGCAUCAAGAAGGUGCGCCGGUGUCCGCAAGGGGCCGUGGUGGAGAACGGUUCCGGGCCUGCCCCUCCGGCCACGGCAGCCUGGGAGCCAGCGCCCUGCGUGGACUCGUUCGUGGAGGAGCUCCUGACCCAAGCCCCCAUGGAGAACGGCGGCGGUGGCACCUCGACCAUCGAGCAGUUCUCGGCCGAGCUGAGCCAGCUGGAGAAGGAGAUGGAGGGCGGGGGCCGGAGAGAGGAGCCGUCGCCACUGGGCCCCCCGCCCGACCCCGACCCUCUGGCCUGCGACGAGGAGGAAGAGGAGGAGGAGCCCUUUCGCAGUUUCUCCUCCCACCCGGACGGUGCAGCGCAGCCCCGGCCAGUGGAUCCCCUGGCCCAGAUUGUCACCAGCCCCCUUCGGACCCCCAGCCAGCCCCCCAGCCAGCCUUUCACAGGGCCCUUCGUGGCGGUCCUCUUUGCCAAGCUGGAGAACAUGCUGCAGAACUCCCUCUACGUGAACUUCCUGCUGACGGGGCUGCUCUCCCAGCUGGCCUGCUACCCCCAGCCCCUCCUGCGCUCCUUCCUGCUGAGCACCAACAUGGUCUUCCAGCCCAGCGUCAAGUCCCUGCUGCAGGUCCUGGGCUUCGUGAAGAACAAGAUCGAGCGCUUUGCAGCCAACCAGGAGGACUUCCCCUCCCUGCUCUUCAAAGCCAAGAAGUACCUGAUCGCCCGGGGCAAGCUGGACUGGUCAGACGCCCAGAACGCCGCCCCCUCCCUGCGCAGAUCGGAGACGCUGGUGAAGAGCCGGAAGCCGUCCAUCGGGGAGCUGAUCAUGCGCCACACCAACAGCCCCACGCGAGCGCGCCAGGCGGCCCAGCUGGCCCUGCAGCACAUGCGCGAGGGGCAGAUGAUGCACGCCCUGGCGGGGGCCUCGCUCUUCCGCACCUCGGCCGAGAAGCAGAGCGAGGCGCUGCGCGUCAAGAACGCCGUCUACUGCGCCGUCAUCUUCAGCGAGUUCCUCAAGGAGCUGGCGGCCAUCUCCCAGGCCCACGCCGUCACCGCCCCCUUCCUGCCGGAGCCGCCCAAGGAGUGACCGGGCCGCGUCCCCACCCCCGACCCCGCCCCGUAACUGCCAGGGGGGGCUUUUAACUGGAAUCCAUCCUCCGCCUCCCCCCUCCUCGGCUUGGCGCUGCCAGGCGUGCACUAAUGGGGGAGCCGGUGGGUGGCACCCUUUGUGGGGGGCGGGGGGUGGGUGUCUGUGUGCCAGCCCCCCUUUUUAAAACUCCAUCCCAGGCCGGACAAGGACCUUUUUAAUUUAUUGGGAAUGAAUGUUUUUCUGGAGACUGUGUUGCAAUAUGUAUAAAAGAAUCUCUCUCUCUGUC